AUGGUGUUUGAGUCGUAUGUUGUCGAUCUUUUGAACAAGUUCGCCGGCCAGUACUUGGAGAAUCUCGAUACUUCCCAGCUGAGGCUUGGGAUCUGGGGAGGUGGGUCGCAAGGGCAUCAGAGCUACUUGUAGCUGGAUUUUGAUUGCUUUGCAAGUUCUUUGCACUUUGAUUUUUUUCCAAACCUUCGACAACCACAUUUACUGAAAACAACGACUUGUUUACGUUUGCAGGAGAUGCCCAACUGGAAAAUUUGAUUCUUAAGGAAAGCGCCUUAGUAAGUUAAAGUUGUACUUUAUGUUUCGAUUACGUCGUGUGCCUACAGCAUAUCCGGUUUUGCCUAAAAUUGCACCAAAGCUCUGCCAUUUUGGGUGAAAUCGUACGUUACCUGUAUAGUUAUUUUAUAUGUUAACCACGACUGGGUAAUUAGGAGUUUGUGGAUAUUUGUAUUGUCUCCGAACUGCACAGUGGCAACAUUUUUUAUAUUUCUAGCGAACGACGAUUGUCCGGUUUUUUUCUAGAAAAUUCAUGUGAGUUGCAGUAUUGAUAAAAUAUUAUCGAGACCUGUUUAGGUUUUUCUGCUUAUUCAGACGUGUUAGUUUGCAUAAAGAUAACCUGUGUACUUGUUAUCUUGGUUUUUUGUGAUCGUCGAAAGCAACCGCGAUUGCACUUAUGGAAAAUCACACAACAUUAAAUUUAAAGUGGAGCCGAAAUGUAGUGGAUUCGUAAGUUCACAUAUUUGUUACGUUGACGAAACAUUUUGCAUAAUUAUUAUUCUAUAUUUUUAUUUUCCUCUUUCGUUGAGGAAAAUUAGUAAAUAAGAUUUAUUUUAUGGCACUAUUAAAGCUUCCUUCUAGUGAAAUUUCACAUUUCGAGCCUAUUAAUUUUUCAUAAAAUUAUCAUAAUUUUAGGACAAAUUUAUUUUACAAUUCAAGCUUGAAUUUGUUCUCAUAUUUCAAAGUGGUAGUCAUUGACUCAACUCUAUGAAUUAUCUCAGUUUGCUAGUAUUUAAACUGGUUCUACUUUUUUAAGUUUUUUGUCAGAAGUGCUUUGCUUCAACAAUGUUGGUAAUAUAGGUUUAUUAAUUUCAUGACAAAUUCAAAUAAUUAUUAAUCUUAAUACCUCUCCUGGUGACCAUUCUUUCACCUGUUCUGCUCCGAAAUUUUAGAGUGGAGUACCACUGGAACAUGAAAACCUCAGAAACAAACUUAAGAUCUAACCUUUUCUCCUGGAAAUUUUUAUAACUUUUAGAUAUAAUUUUAAUGUUUUCAUCUUUAUCAAAACUAUUAGUGUUAAUUUUAUUUUUGGUGGAAUUAACCUUAACUGUAAUUUUUUCACAUUUUUAAAAUGUCAUGCAUAUUUAAAGACUGUUAGAAAUUUGAGGGAAAAACAGUAAUUAUGAUAAUGAUGAUAAUAUAUAAUAAUAACUAUUACUAUUAGUUAUUGUUGUUUGUCCAAAGCAACUUGCUUGUCCAGCCCAUAAUGAGUAACAAUUUUUCUGACUUGAAAGUGCCACCUGAUGCAGCAAUGUGGAAAAUUUAUUAGUACAAGUAAUAGUUACUUUUCUUUGCUCUAAGUGGGAACAAAAUCUGAUCACAGAGGUAGAUUAACCAUAAUUGGCAAAGUGUUGCUAUCCCUGUGCUGUUUAUAACGAGUCUUACCCAUAAACAAACUCAUCUACUCAAUCAAUCAACCAAGCUACUUUCAAACAAGCCAAGGAGAAAUCUUGUCAUGGAAUAGUGACAGCAAGACUUCAGUGCAAGUGUCUUAUUGGGGCAAGUUGAUCUUAUGAGUGUGGGGCUGUUAAUUCAACUGGUCUUGAUAGAUUUAGAGUUAGAGUGGACCUUGGGGGGAGUUGGUAGGGAAGCGCAAGUAGACAUCUACCUGAGAAGGCUGUUAAAAAGCAAAACACCCUCUGAUCAGUCAUGUGUCACUGUAGUUCCUGUUGAGUACUUUUCAGAUCUGAGUAUGUGGUCCCACAUAAUUUUCCCUCCACAAGUUAUAAUUAUUAAAAUAAUACUUAUUAAUGACUGAAUCAUCUGCAGGGUUCUCAAUAAGUCAGGGAGUACAUGGUUAGCUGCAAGGAGUAUUUGGGUGACAAUUUGAGAGCUCCUUCCUUCUUCCACAAAAUGUUAGUUUUGAAAUAUAGAGGCUCUGAAAUGCUACAUUAUUAAUUCUUUUGGAGGUAUAUGCAAAGCAAUAUGCUGGUUUGUUGGCUUGGUAAACAUACGUAAGGUAGAGAUUGGAAGACUGUUUAACUCACAAGAGAAUUUAAGAGAGUUGUCUGUUCAGUGACUUGUUUUAAUAUUUUGUAAUAAUGUACAUGAAAAAGUUACGCACUUCUGAGUGCCUACGUUUUCAAAACGUCUUCUGUCUUGACUUAUUGUGAUGUUUUUACAUGUAGAUUAUUAACAAGUAAUAACAUGAUUCCUCUUGCAAUUUGGUGUAAUAAGCACUUGAAAAUUUUUCAAAGACUAUAUAUUUCACUCACUUUACGGGCUUGUGCAAUUUUGUUGUCUUUGUAAAAUUUACUUGUGCUUAUUUACACCAAAUUGCACUCAAAAUCAUGAUAUUACCUUUAGUUAUUGCUUACUGUUCACAACUUACAGAUGUUAUUUUAUGAAAAGGAGGCUGUUCAGUAAUUGAGGUAGCUGGUUAUUAACUGGCAGCCAGGACUUAAUGAGAACCCUGCAUUUGUUCAGUGUGAAGAUGUAAAUCAAAAAUAUCAUGUGCUUUAUUAGCUUAAGUGUAGCCGUACUCUCCCCCAUCCAAGGUGAAAUGGAAGCAAGGGAAUGUCUAUGCAAACCUGAUAGUAAUCAUGUUCUGUGAUGCAAAAUAAUGUCAUUUCAUCAUGUUUUUUUGCAAAGUGACAUGUGUCAGCAUGAAAGUUAUCGAGAUAAACAACAACAUUGAAGUGGAUUCAUUUUCCAUUUUAUGGGUAAAUUUACAAUUCAGUGUCCAAGUUUAAAUGAGUACUUUUCUUUAAGGAUGACUAGGAAAAGAUUAUGAGCGAUUUUUGGUAUGGAGUAGGGAGAGGACUAUGUUUGAUUAGCAUCAUGCUUAUGAAACUAGAUUUCAAUGUCCACAUGGUUUCUGCUUGCAUUUGUAAACAGUGCCACAGUUGUGGAAAAGAGUUGGAUCAUUUGCUGCAGAAUCUCUAGGAUUUCACAGAUUUUUAUAAAAGAUAGUUGUGUUGUUAGCGUGAAGAAAGAGCAACUCUUUUCUCAGUCCAAAGAAUUGCUGCAAGGAACAACUAGCUUUUAUUCAACUUUGCAGCACCAUUCACAAAGAAAACAAAAGUUGAAGGCAGACAAUCCUCUUGGCCCUAGUACAUUAAGAUAGUGAACCUGUUCUUCUGUGAGAACUUUAACGGAGGCACAAUAAACAUAGUGACUGCUUUCUUCUAGAGAGGAGAGGCGAUCAAUCACUAGACUACUAGAUAUAAUAAAGAUUUUCCAUAGCCAGUUGGUAAUAAAACAGAGACAUUGUUACUUUUGAAAAACGUGAUAUCUAUGGCUUUCUGCUGUUCUUCUUGAAGUGUCUCUAUCCCAAAAGUCACGCAAACUUGCCUUAAAACCUCGUUGUAAAUCACUGUUGUCUGAAAAGUUGAUAGUUAAAACAUCUAGUUAAUUAUCUAGUUUGUUAGUUUGGAAAUAAAUUACCAACUCAAACCAAUCAGAAUUGAUGAAAGAACUGGCAAAAGGGAUUAACCAAUUAAAAGUCAUUAUAUAUUUUCUUGCAAGAGAGUGACGUCACAGAACAUGAUUAGUGUCAGGUUUGCAUAGAUGUUGCCUUGCCUCUGUUUCACCUUGGCAGGGGGAGGGUAUGGCUACAAAUAGGCUGGUGGGUUAUUUGACAAUGGAUUUCUUUUGUUAUCAGGAUGACCUAGAUUUGCCUGUCAAAGUUCUACGUGGUCAUUUAGGUAGGAAAAUGGAAAGAAACAGUCAUCCUUUAACAGUUAAUUAACUGCUUUUACACCCUAACAUCAGUGUGCACAUUCUCCUUACUGCUCUUUGUACAUUUCCUCUGGCAGUGACAAAAAGAAUUUAGUAAGAAACCAACAGCUUUUCAAAAGUGUGAUUAUUUCUGUGAUUCUUAUUGGUUAAUGUUUGAUUCAGUAGCAACCUAAAUGAGAAAUUAGAUGCAGUCAGCCUCAGGAGUUAAAGAGUUAAUGCCAUUUGGGAAAGUGGAUUUCAGAUUUAUUAAUAUUUAAUUUGUGUGUGUGUGUUGUGUACUUGUUGUUUUUACUCAGGCAAACUGGUGCUGAAGAUACCCUGGAAAAAUCUGUACUCAGAACCUGUUGUUGCACAAGUAGAUGGACUUUACUUACUUGUCAGACCGAAUACUGGUGAGAAAGAUUUUUAUUGAAGAAAUACCCUUAAUUUGUGUGGUAUUUUAGUGGUAGUCCCAGGGUGCUAAUCAUUGUAAAUAUCAUAGUAAUGUUCAUGGUCAUGUUCAUGGUCAUGUUCAUGUUCAUAAUCAUGAUAAUUGCCAUCACCAUUGCCAUUACCAUUGCCAUCACCAUUGCCAUUACCAUUGCCAUUACCAUUGCCAUUGCCAUCACCAUUGCCUUCACCAUUGCCAUUACCAUUGCCAUCACCAUUGCCAUCACCAUUUCCAUUACCAUUGCCAUUACCAUUGCCAUUACCAUUGCCAUCACCAUUGCCAUCACCAUUGCCAUACCAUUACCAUUACCAUUGCCAUAACCAUUGCCAUAACCAUUGCCUUUGCCAAUGCCUUUGCUUUUGUCUAUGCCUUUGCCUUAUCAUUAUCAUUGUUAUUGCCAUUGUCAUUGCCUUUGCUAAUGCCUUUGCCUUUGUCUAUGCCUUUGCCUUAUCAUUAUCAUUGCCAUUGACUUUGCCAUUGCUAUUGCCAUUGCCUUUGCCUUUGCCUUUACUAAUAAUGCCUUUGAUUUUGUCUAUGCCUUUGCCUUAUCAUUAUCAUUGCCAUUGACUUUGCCAUUGCUAUUGCCAUUGCCUUUACCUUUACUAAUAAUGCCUUUGAUUUUGUCUAUGCCUUUGCCUUAUUAUCAUUGCCAUUACCAUUGCCUUUGCUAAUGCCUUUGUCUUAUCAUUAUCAUUGCCAUUACCAUUGCCUUUGCCAAUGCCUUGGCUUUUUUUCUACAUGCCUUAAGUUUGUCUUUUCAUUAUACUGUUUGCCAUUACCCUUCCAUUGUCCUUGUCUUUGUAUUUGUCUAUGUAUUUAUCUUUGUCAUUAUCAUCAUCAUUACCUUCAUCAUCAAUGUUAUUAACUUAAUCUUGAUCAUAUGGACUACUGUUAUCACUAUCACUGUCAUAAUCAUUAUUACAAUAAUUUUCCUCAAGUUAUUUUGUCACUUUUUUGAGUGUCACUAGAUCUGUUAGUAGAUAGUGUGGUAUACCAGCCUUUUUAGUAUGUGGCAAUCUUAAGGGAUAAGUCAAAUUUUAGUGAUACAUUUUUCAACUGAAGGUUACAGUCAUCAAUUGGGUAAUAAGUGCCCUGGAAACAAACUAUUAACUUUUGGCUGUUUUCUAUGUCUAGAAAAUAUCUGUGUGUGAUGGACUCUCUUGUGAUGGACUCUCUUGUAAUGUGCCUGUAUCUACCUCUCUGGACAAGAGUUAUGCCAAGGGAAUUGAUGUAGUAGUUGUUGCAGCUGUAACCAUUAAUGAUAAUAGGUUUGUUGCUCCUGCAGAUAUUAAGUACAAUGCUGAGAAAGAGGAAAAAGCCAAACAGGAGAGAAAGCAAAGACAGCUGGAAGCAGUGGAGCUUGCUCAGCAGAUUGAAGAGGAAAAGAAAAACCAGAAUGGUAUACCCUAGUAAUCAAUCUGUUUUUAUUGGUUUUUUAGGGUCUCUAAAAAAAAAUGCCUACUUGUUUAUUUACAGGUCUCUUUCAGGUUGAUAAUCUUUUACUUUUUGUUUGUCUUGUCAUCUGACCAUUUAUCUGCCCAUACAUCUGCCUUUGCUCUUCAAGCUGCAACUGUUUUGGUAGCUAUGACAUCUAGAAAAAGUUGUCAUGUGAGUCUCCAAAAAUGAAUGCUAGCCAUGCCACUUACUCCAACCACAAGGCACAUGGUCAGAGGUUUAGUUUUUAUGAUUUUAGGUUGCCAGAAGGUGACUUAAAAAAAAAACUUGGCUAAUAUAAGAGCCCUGCAUAGUGUUGGAUAUUAACAUUGUUACACAAAUUACUGCAGACAGCUUUGAUUGACUGUCUCUGUCAAUGACUAAUAGUCAGUAAUGGGAAUUAGUCUGUAACUGAGGUGAAAAAUGAUUUUCUUGUCGAUUACCAUGCAGGGCAGCAAAAAGAUGAAAAGUCAGACAGUUUUGUGGAGAAGUUAGCCAUGCAGAUUGUCAAAAACCUUCAGGUGAGUUUGAUAAGAAAUCCACAUGUAUCAAUCAAUUCCAGUUACUUGCUUGACUCAACACUGGCAAAAAUCAAAUUCUAUUUAAAUGAAAAAGAAAAAGAAAAAAGGUAUAUUCAGAAUGAUUGUCAUUUCAGUGUCUUUUCAACUUAAAGAUGGUUACUUUUUCUUUCCUCUCCAGGUCUCAGUUCGCAAUAUUCACAUACGAUAUGAAGACUCUGUAAGUACUUUUACAUUCAGGUAGACAUCAAUUUGAUUCUUAUGCUUCAGUGGAAGUUUUGGCUGAUAGUUCUGGACAGUUUUUGAACUAAAGUUGUAAUUUCACUUCACCCUGCAUCACUUUUAAUUUACAUCUACCAGAUGCAGACAAAAUGAAUUGAAUUGGAUUGAAUUUCUCCAAUCAUAACUUAAGGCAUGAUGUUUUGACACCCUGAAACAUCACACAUUUUUCCUUAGAGGUCUUGAAUAUGGUUGAAAUUGCAAGUUUAGCACUUGGUGAUAGAGUGGGCAUGACACAAAAAGAUGUAUUGUUGAACAUAUCCCAUGUUUUUCUCAGGAUAAUCAUUAACCUUCUACACCUUAACAUUAGUAUGCAUAUUCUACAUACUGUUCUCUAUACAUGUCCUGAAGCACUGACUUAGAGAAUUUGUGAAAAAAUCAAGAUUGUUAUAAGUUGGUGAUCAUUUCCUUGAUUCUCAUGACCUUAAUGUUUGAUUCAGGGUGAUAUUGUAAGGUGAAAUUAGAGGCUGGUCACCCAUAGUGGUUGAAGGGUUAAUUCUUGAUGUACACAGCAGUCACUCUUUGGUGUUAAUUAUAAUGUCCAUGUUCAUUGUUCUUGUUUGUGUCAGGUUACUAACCCUGCUGCACCAUUCUCAAUUGGAGUGACAUUGGAGAAUUUGUCAGCUGAGGUGAGAGCAGUACCCUAUAUCCUCUAAUAUGUCUCUUAAUAAUGGGGGAAGGCAAUUGAUUUCAGCAGUUUCCAGACCAGAAGCUUCUAAGAGGUGUGGGUUUAUUGAAGAGGGUGUUAAAAAAAAAAAAAAAAAAAAACCCUGUUGAAUGGUGGCCACAAUGGCAUCUAUUACUUUUCUUUCAACUCCUGUCCCGGUUUAAUGAACACUCUAAAAAAGAAAUUUUGGGAAAGGGUGUGAGGCCUAUGAGAGGCUAUGAGUAACUGAGACUUGAUUUUCAAUAUGGAAGGAGGGGACAUUUUUAUAUUAACCCUUUACACUCAAACGUCAGGUAUAUAUUCUCCAUACUGUUCUCUACACAUAUUCUAAGGUGCCGACAAAGAGAAUUUGUGUAACAAUCAAGAGCACCUCUUGUUGUUUAUCAUUUCCUUUAUUCUUAUGACCUCAAUGUGUGAUACAGGGGUGAUAUUGUAAGGUCAAAUUAGAUGCUAGUCCCUUGAACCUUUGGCCUUAAAGGUCAAAGGUUCAAGGGAUGCAUACAAGAGAGAGGGGGGUUAUAGGAGUGUAUGUAGUGAUAGUUGUAUACAGUGGAACCUGUAUUUAGUGGCACUGUGUGAGGUGGUCACUGAGUAUUUAGCAGUCAGUGGUCAGAGUUAGAAAUUUUUCCCUGUGGAUCACUGUAAUUUUCAACUCUAUUAAGUGGUCACGCCUAUUAAGUGGUUGGGGUCUACCUUUGCUAAGUCCCAACAGCUUGUUGGGGAACCUUUGUGUUAAGUGGUAAACCUGUUUUAAGAGGUCACCCAGCUAUUUGACUGGUGAUUGCUUAAUACAGGUGCAACUAUGGAAGGUUCAGGGAGAUUGUACUUGAUCAAAGAGUAUUUUUCAUCUUGCAAACAAGGGUUUGCAAAAUGAUGUUGCUUUGAAAAUUUUUUGACCCUUCUCUCCCCUGAUGUGAUGGCACUGCUACUGGAUGCUUUUUCGCAUUUUGUUAUCUUCAUUGGCUUCUGCCACUAUCUUUUGUCCCAGCCAAUGAAUAUAUUGCUGAUGAGUUUAUACCCAUCUUUAAUACAUUUGAUAAUGAAUAUUUUGAAAAAAUUGAUCCUCUGUACAGCUCUUUUGUGCAGGUAGGUUCUGUCAAAUAGUGUUAAGGCUUAUCUAGUGAUGAUCACUGUCUGUUUUAGUCCACAGAUGAAAAUUGGAAACCCUCAAUUGUGGGUACAAGUGUGAAAAUUGUACACAAGGUGAGAUACAGAUAGGUCUGAAAAUAUAUCUGGAACAAUGUUAAUUAUGUAAGGGUUGAGUAGUGGUUGCAUAGCAAAAUAAGUAGUUGGGAGGUGGAACUUGAGGAUACAUUGUCUGUAAAUGGUGCCAAAAAUGAUGAAAUAUAAGGAAAUAUUUACUGCAACAGAUGCAAGUGUGGUACAAUCAACCAGUGUGGAAUUUCAUACCUUUCAUGGACCUCUUGGGGUUCACCUGUGACAGCACACUUGUUUUUACCUUUCCUCCUUAUUUCCCAUCUCUCACAACCAUCCUUCUUUUUCCCAUAUUUGCCAUCUCAUAAUUACUGCAACUCACAACAACACUUUCUUAUUUUUUUUGCCUUGUUUGUUAGCUUGUCAAACUUGACAGUCUUGCCAUUUACUGGAAUACAAAAGAUCAUAUUGGAAAUCUGCCAACACAAGAGGACUGGGUGGUAAUUACUUGAUUUCUUGAUCAUAAAAUAUCACUGUUUGAAAUUAUAAAAAGUGUCAUUGAUGAUAUGAUUUUGAUGCAGUUACUUCUUAUGUGGAUGUCAAGUUUUCAGCUUUACCCUACUAGUCUUCCCUAGGUGAUGAGGGUGAUGUGUUUUGAGUUACCUUUUGACCCAUGAUGUCCCACCAUGGUUAGCUCACCUGUUUUGGUGUAAUUGGGUAUCAUCUCAGUACUCUGAGUGAUGAUUCUUGAUCACAAACAUCCAGACUUCAAUCUUUAAUUUUUUCUACUUAUAUAACAUGGUCCAUGUUAAUGUUGUUGUGUGAUUUGCAUGUAAAAUCCUAAGACUUUGGUUUCAUUCCAAAGUGGGUGGUGUGUGGUGUUGUGCAUUAGCUCUGGUGGAGGGGUCUUCAUUGCAAAUAACCUUGUGAUAAUACUGAUGACCAAGGUUUUUUUCAUUAAGUUAUUUUGAUAAUUAUGAGAAAUAAUGGUCAAACCUCUUUAGGCUCCAAGAUUUGAUUAUAAAAUCUCCCUAAAUAGCUGCAUAAAGGAAUUGUGGUUGUUUAUUGUGUAAACCUUGACACGAGGAGUCCCUACAUCCUUCCACAAUACUAGUAUUCUUGCCUCUUAUUCUCAAUACAAUCCUCAAAUUUUUUUCUAUAACUUACAAUAAAUCCUUACUUUAUCAUGAUGGAGAUCUGACACAGUUUUACACACAGUUACUCUACAUAAAGAACACCAGGGCUGGCAGGGUUCCUUUGUAUUAAUGACAAUUCUAUAAAUUUGUAUACAUGUAGAUGUGUAAACUCUAUUGACAUUUAAAUCCCUAUUGUCUCAACAAUGUCUCUUUCCUGGUUAAGUUGCUUGAUAAAUUUCCCCCCUUUUUAAAUUGAGCACUUUUUUGAGGCAACUUAAUGUGACAUUAACACAAUUUAGUUUAGAUCUCAACUUACAGCUUUGUAUUUUAUGAUAACUUUAAAGAUAAUUUGAAAAUGCUGUUGGUAUAAUAAUAAAUGAAAUUGUAAUGACAAUUUUUCUGUUUUUUACAGAAUCAAGCCAAGGGUGGGAUAGCAAUCAGAACGAAACAGCAUUUCUCUCCUCCUGAUUUUAAAUACAGUGAGUAUAUUUUGUGUACUAUGUCUCAAUUCCUAGGGAUUUGUUUGCAUCAUCACAGCUUGUGCUGAUAUGUUUUCACUAACCUUUAUUCACUCAGAAGUUUUUGAUGUUGUACAGUGGCAUAAUUCUGGAACAACUCAAUGUAAAAAACAAGUAGUAGUACUAAAGUACUAUUAACCAAAGUAGUAGUACUAAACUCAGAGUAGUACUACUGUUCUCGUUGUUAAGUCUUGCAGCCAAUCUCAGCCACCACCCAAGUGAAGAUGAAUAUCAAGCCAGGUUCUGAUUUGAGUAUCCCAAAGGUAUGUUGUUGGACUCAUGCUGAUUGCUUUGCAAUAAAAGCCAUAAGGUUAUUGUGUAUGACAUGACACUGUUGUGUGGCCAAUGGUUGAAAGGGAGCAGAAAUGGGGAAAAUUACAUGUUCAUUUUAGCCUUAGAAGAGCCAAAAUAUUGCUCUUGGGAUUAGGAGAUAGUUCUUGAAACUCAAUCAAGCAACCAGUUGAUUGAUCAAUCAGUGGGCUGGCAAUUGAAUGGGGUGCUGGUCAGUUGAGAGAUUAUUUUUUAAAUACAGCCAUACAUCAAAAUCUUGUCUUGCAGGCCAUGUGAUUGUUUUUGAAAGUCAACCAAUCAAUUGAUUGAUUGAUUGAUUGAUCAGUUGCAUAGGGGGUGCAUGAUUAGUUAAAAUACUUGGUCAAUAGGUUUAGAGGGUUUUUUUCCAUAAAACUACUGACAAAUGAUGACAGCAGUCUCCUCAGUUGCUAAAAAGGGGCCGCCAUGGCAACUGAGACACAGCCUGCUCCCACACACCUAUCAGUACAACAAUUACCAAUUAUGAUUAUCUUUAAGCAAAAUGUGAGAGGUUAGGACAAAAGUAAACAAAGUGGCAAAGUAAGUUGAGUGAAUGUAUAAUAAAUUAUCAAUGCUGCAAAUCUCUCAGUAUCCUGUUCAUCACAACCUUAAAACUACUACAAUGGCUUGGUUUUACCUUGCUUAAAUUACAUUCAACCUCAAGUAGAAUUUAAUCUUUUCAUUUAUGCUUACACAUUAUUUUUGUACCAUGCAGAUUUUCUUAAGCUUGGUCUUGGAAGAGAUAUCUCUAGUUUUGAUGAGACAGCAGUACCAUGAUAUGAUUGAGUUGCUGGAAUCCUUCGACAGAAUGACCACAAAUUCUGUGUUUAGAAAGUACAAACCAAAUGUCCCUCUCCAUGGACAUGCUGCACAGUGGUAAUUUCAUCUCACAUCUGUUAUUUCUGUUAUUACCUGAAAUAUUGAAAGCCUUGACUUGUCUACAAACUUGGGUGGAGGAAUUUGAUGCCAUCCUUUAUGCUGUGAAGGUCUUGAGUUAGCAUUACAUUUUUACUCCUUUUGGUCAAAAUAAAAGAGCUGAGUAGUACCUCCAUGUCAUUGAAUUUGAGUUUAAGCUGGAAGCUUUUCCAAGCUUUACAUCUCUUGUUACAGUAUAAUUUUUGUGCAUAAUUAUAUGUAAUUGUAAUGAUGUUAUGCAUUCUACAUUUACUUUGGGUACAUUGUCUAUGUUGCCUCUUGGAAACAGGUGGAAUUAUGCAAUUACAAGCAUUCUUGAGGAAGAUGUUCGGAGGAGAUUAAGAAACUGGUCCUGGACACACAUGAAGGAACACAGGUAUCAUUGUCGAAUGAGUUCUGACUAGAAAUAGUCUAUGAUUCUCCUAAUGGAAACUUGAUUUCAUGCCUUUCCUUCUUUCUUCAGGAGUCUCUGCAGGGAAUACAAAAUUUUGUACCAGAAAAAGUUACUGGAAGACAAAGCUUCUGAAUCAUUGUCAAAACAUCUAGAGGUAGGUCAAUAUUUACUUGGCAUAGAUGGCAACUUUCCACCUUGGCAUUUUAUUAUUGCAUGUUUACUCUGUUAUAAAAUCAUCAAUCUUCAGGUACUUGAGAGCAAGUUGGAUGUGUUGAAUAUCACCAUUUGUCGACGCCAGGCUGCUUAUGAGGUUCGUUUUGAUAACAGCAAUUGUUGUCUUGUUUUAUCAUUUCUGUGACAUUUUAAGUUGCUGGCCUUUUUGUUAAGUCUGCAGCAUGCGAGUAAAAGGCUCUCAUCUGGGGAGCUUGUGUGUUCAGUUGGUUUCCCUUUAUGAAGCAUGAAGCAACACGGCAUAUUUCUUUUCCCAUCAAAUGGGAUGCUAAUCCUUUGCAGGGUUCUCCCUCCCUCCCCCAUGUCCCUCUCCCCCUUCUCCUUGAUAGUUUGCCACUACACAUGUAUACUCUUAGGUUGGCAGAGACAUGGUAAGAGUAAGCCGGGAUGGGGCAGUGGUUAGAGUGCUUGCCUCAAACCGCUGUCUUAGGGUUUAGUUUGUAUUGGUUUUUUUGUUAUUACUCCAAGGGUUUUUCUCCAGGUCCUCCAGUUUUCCUCUCUAGACAAAAAACAAUGUUCCAAAUUCCAACUUGACCUGGAAACAGAGGUCAAUAAGAGCUACUUGGCCUUUUCAUUAGGCAGCAGCAUCUUUGCAAAAAUAUAGGAGUUCACUUUAAGUUUUGCAUCAAGGGAGCUGCAGCAUUAAGGAAAAAGAAGAAGAAAGUGGAAGAGAAGAAAAGUGGCAGUUGGUUUUCUGGGUUCUGGGGCUCCAGUAAAAAAAGCAAGAAGGAGGAGGAUAAAUCAGGUAAGGCUUUUAUCUUAAGAUCAUUGUUUAAGUACCAUAGAGUGCUGAAUCUCAUGCCCACAAGGAUUAACAAUUUAAAUGAAAAUAGCUUCACCGUUAUCUAAACAGAAAUUUUAACUGAAGAUCAGAAAAAAGAGGAACUGGAGAAGUUGUACAGUGCCAUUGGUUACAGUGAAGGAGAAACCAUUACAGCAUUCCCCAAGGAGGUACUUGCUUAGUAAAAGAACCCUUUAAAAAACACUAUCACCUAAAUUUCUUACAAUCUCAUGAAAAAGGCAGCAAUUUGACUGAUAUGUCUUGACUUAUAUUUGCGUUUGAAGGAAAAAAAUAACCAACUGUGUUGUCUCUACUGUUUGUUUGGCCCAAAAAUCUACAGUAGCUCCAACCAGCCACAAAGUUCAUAUAUUUGCAUUGUGGUGAAGAAAUGAAUUUAAGAGAUCCUUGCAGCUAAGAACACUACUGAACUAGUAGUUAAAAAUAGGACCUGAAAAAAAUUCUGGCCUGUAGGGGAUUUGAACCCAUGACCUCUGCGAUACCUGUGCAGCACUCUACCAACUGAGCUAACAAGCCAAUUGAGCAGAGGUCAUGGGUUCAAAUCCUGCAAGGGCCUGAGUUUUUUUCAGGUCCUUUUUUCAACUACUAGUUCAGUAGUGUUCUUAGCUGCGAGGAUCUCUUAAAUUUGUAGCCACAAAGUUAUUGACACAUGACAUUUUCAAUCCCCCAUUAUUUCAUUAUUAUUUCUUUUGUCUUGUUUUUGUUAACCUAGUUGCCCCUUUCCCCCAAACCAAUGUCUUAUUUGGCUUAUGGUAUCUUUUAGCUAUGUGUGGCCCUGUACAACAGGCAACAUUGAAUUGGGGAGGGAAUUCUUGUCAAGAAUUUAGAGCUAGUGCAAACAGUAGUGUUUUUCUGCUCAUAAAAAAAUUGUUCAAAGUGACACGAUGUUUCAGCUAAUUUUAAUUCUUAUUGUCUCAGUCUUUGACUUUAUUUUACUUUAUCACCCCUAUAACUUUAAGUACUUGGAGCAUCCUUAUUGUAUUAUUAUCUAACAGUAUUUUUGGUUUUUAUCCGAAUUAUUUUGCAGUAUGUGGAAAAUAAAGUUGUGGUGAAAUUGAAACAGAUUAGUGUGGCUCUAAGAGAUGAUGCAGCUGUCAAGUGAGUAUUGAAUAAAAGUGUUUCUUCAAGCAAACUUGCCAGAAAAUUGAUUUCAUUUUCUCUGAGCUGAUCUAGCCAUGAAAGUAUGUGUUGCUUCUGCCAUCAUUUUGAUAAUAAAGAUAUUAAAAUAGAAUGUUGUACUUGUUUUAACCCGUACAAGUGAUUGAUAUGAAACUUCUUCCUAUUAUAUUCAUACGUAGAAGUUGUUAACUUGAUCUAACACCAAAUUCUCAUAACUAAUUUACAAGAAAAUGUUUAAAAGCUAGGGGCGGGGGGGAGAGUCAACAAUCCCAUCUUGGGAGUUAAAGGGUUAACCUAAGGUGAAAUGGCCUAACGUGCGAGAAACCUGUAGAAACUAGUAAUGAAUUUGGUGUUAGCUUUGUAUCUACAUGUAACUGGUUGACAGGAUGGAAUGAGUUUUCUUGACCAAUCACACAGUAUAGUAAAGCAAUAGUUAAGCAGUCUUAGGUUACUGUUAACACUCAACUGUAAUUUCUCAAUGCAAGUUCCAUUUCAGAGGAUUGACAAUAGCUCCCUUGAGUUUUGUUAUUUUGUAUUUCUUAUAGUGAAAGAACAUCUUAAACAUCAUCCAGACUGUCACUCCUCUGUAAUUUGUAGGUUGCUCUGAAAAAUGUUUAGAUCUUUUUAGGGAGUUUUUCCAAGCUAAAUGAAGCUAGAAUGUGAUGAGUGACCGUCUCCCCUGUAGGUUAGUUGAUGUUGCCAAACUGAGUUUCCAGGAUCUUUAUGCAGAGCUCUCCCAAAGACCAUCAGCACAAGCAAUCAAGUAAGUUGAAUAUAUACAAUUUAUAGGGAUGAUUUUGUUCUAGUAGCAGAAAUAGUGAGGAACCAAAAAAGGUCAAAUAGGAAUUAUUUCAGGAAAUAAUUUUUGUUCUAAGGAUUUGAAAGUUUUUUUCCAAACCUCUAUGAUUCAGGAAAAUUCUACACUUUCAUGUCUUUUUUAUUUUUGAGUCUUUUUUCUUAUCUUGAGAAUUUUAACAUCAGAUCUGUUGAGCCAGAGUGUAUAAAUUUAAAUUUUUUUAUUUCUAAAGCUUGCUUUAAUGGGAGAUUACGUAAGGUGACUAGAUUCUAACUAUCAGAAAAGGUGAGAAAUUAAGUCACCAAGUUUGCAGCCACAGGCAGCUGUCCUAACCUUGUAAGGCCUCCCUAGCAUGGCAUAGAUUAUAAGGUUGCCCAAGGAUCCCCACAGAGAAAAGUUAAAUGAGAUACAAUUACAGAAAACGUAGGAUGAGGAUAUGAUGCUAAAAUGGUUAAUGGAGUUCUAAUGAUAUUAAUGGUAGUGACACUUUGAGGUAGGUGUCUCCUUAUUUUGAAUUUCUUGUUCAGGCUGUCAGCAAAGGUUGACCAGAUGAAGAUGUUUGGUUCAGCUGAUGCUGUAGAUGGAAAAAUGCCGCUCAUGAUAACCUCUCAAGAUGAUAAACUAGGUACAUCACUCUACAUGUUCCAAUAAACAUUUUUUAAUUUUAACAAGCUGACCUUUCCAAUAUAAUCUCUAAAUUUAGUACUACUCUAGGAUAAUCUGAGAUAGAAUUUUUUUAGAAUUCGUUUUCCUCUUGUCAUUAUAUCAGGUUUGUAAAUAAUGUUUGGGAAAGUAUUUUGAUCACCAAACAAGAAAUGGUCCAUCUGCUCUUCACUGUUUAUCGUACUGUGUUCACUUUUACUAUUGAUGGAAAAACUAAUAUAACGUAACAGAAAAAAAUAUGUGUUCCUAAUCUUUGAAAAAUGUAAUUUCUGACGUUUGAGUGACAUGGGAACGAAUUAGUCAGAAAUUAAUAUUUUGUGGGCACGUUGAAGAGGUCGUGGAAGGGUCGGAUUAUUUAAGCAUUUCGCAAGAAAAUUAAGUCAUUCUAGGUCGGUCAGUCUUAUUUUUGACCACUUUCUUUUUUUAUAGUUUACUCCUUGUUAAAUAUCGUCACAAUCAUUGAUUUUCCUUUGUGAUUAGUAGUCCAACAAGGUUACUUUACUCUUUCCUCGGGGUAUUGUGCUGCUGCAUUUGAUGAGGAAUAAGUUUCCACACAUUUUUUGGCCACAUCUAAAGAGUGUUUUUUCAGUGGUUUUUCGUAUCUGGUGUAGCACAGGUUCUUUUUGUAGAACCCAUAGUUUCAGGAUGCACGUGUUAAGAUUGUACCAGGAUGGGUAUACUAGAAGACUGACUGACUCAUCCUAAAUAAACUUUUCACAUUGAAUGUCUCAUGUGAGUGUAGUCAGAAUUAUCUGCCUGAAUAAGCAGUAUGGCAACAUCUUUAUCUGUUGUAAGCAAACAAGUUGUUGCAACUAACAUGGAUGUUUUUUUUUUUUACAUCUUGGAUAGCAAGCCAAUAUCCUCUUUUUACUGUAUCGUUUGAGACCAACCCAUUGGACGGAAAGUGUGACCAGAGAGCUAAAGUGACAUCUCAACCUGUCAAAGUUGUGUAUGAUGCCGUAAGUUGUAAAAUAUUUUAUAAUAUACGCACCCCCUAAAAUUUGAAAACUUAGUUUGUAAAUGGAGUUCUAUUACCUUAAGGCAGCAAACACCCGAGAUGUAUAAUUCUGUCUAGUGAAAGAAGGACUGCGCUGUGCAGUGAGGUAGAGCAUUGCAAAAGAAAGCUUCAAUUGAAAAUUACACCUGGUGGUUAAAAUGCAGAUUUUCUUGAAUCUAUGCUGGCUUAAGCCUUUUACCCCAACGAGUGACUAGUUAUCUAAUUUCUCCUUUCAAUAUCACCUCUGAAUCAAACAUUGUGGCCGCGAUAAUAAAGAAAGUCAUCACUGAUUAAAGAGGCUCUUGAAUGCUAAACAAACUCUCUCCUUGUCAGCACAUUAGCAAAUGUAUGAAGAACGUUACUGAAAGAAUAUCUUAAUCAUAAGUAGACAUACUGUGGCUUGUUCCUUUUCCCAAAGGUGGAUGUUAAAUAUUUUUUUGCGCUUUCAAUUUUAUUUGCAGAACACAGUGGAUCAUAUCGUCACUUUCUUUACACCUCCAAAAGAUGUCCAUCUCCAGGAGUAAGUGCUACACUAUAGUUUAAUAUGUAAAAUCUUUGUAGUAUUCUUUUCACAUUUGCUCUUCAACAAUGACUUUAAAUUACAUGAUUGUUCAAUAGAAAUCUUUGCCUUGAGCAAGAAAAAUAUUCAUGUGUAGCAGACCCAUUCGAGAUUUCUUGAUGUCACACUCAAAACACAAAUCCUCUAUUUGUAGUGUUGAACUAGUUUAGAAAAGUAGGGAGAUUUGAUGUCUUAUUUCAGGCUGUCAGCCGAGGCAUACUCAAGACUAGAAGAUCUGAAGUCAGUGUCCAAAGCAAGUCUGUAUUAUGCAAUCGAACACCACAAGGUAAUACUUUUCUGUUUUUGUUUAUGACAAAAAUUCCUUCCAACCUAACAGAUUCUAGUGGAUUGUUACUACAGACGUUAGUCACAGGUGUUAAAGAUAUAACUCCUCACAGGAAAUUUAUUCUCCGUCCCAUCCUCAUAACGCCCAUGGGAGAUCUGUGGCAUAUUAAUGAGUGCAGGUCUGCGCUAAAGCUUUGUUGUCCUCCAUGGUGUUAUAAUCAUGGUGAACUCUUAGAGUAUUCUAUCCACCCAGGAGAAUCGAUCCAGGCUUCGGGUAACAGAAAGCUUUCAGAGGCACAGGGGCACACUCUGAGUCUCCUCAGAGACAAGUAUAACUUGUGACUUAGCCAUAUGUGGUCUUGAAAAGUGCUAUUUUGAUGCGACCAUGUUGAACUUUGUUCAAAGUGUUAAAGAUUGUGUAUACCACAGGUCUAUAUGGGGGUAAGUUUCCAAAGAAACUGUGGUAUUACGUCGGUGAGAGAGUAGAGCAAGGUAAUUUGGUAUUAUCAACUGAGUUGAUAACGUAAAUUGGCCAUCUUUGAGAGUUUUAAAGUGGACGUUUCGAGCGCUAGUCCUUCGUCAGAGUGAAGAUAAUACCAAAUUACCUUCUUAUGUCAAUAUGGUUUGGUUUCCUUAUGUUAACUUGAUUCUUGUUGUACAGGUUGAACUCAAAAAUUUAUGAUCAACUAUACUUUUUGCAGAUAACAGAUGUGGAUGUGGAUGUGAAGUCUCCAUUUGUCAUCAUACCAGAGGGAGGCACCUUUAAGAAGUAAGUUGUUGAAUUGUGGGGUGCAUCCACUCGGAAGAGGGUGCGAAGUACUUUGCAACUUGCGGUUUUAUGGUCAUGUGAUCCCAACCUUUUUAGGAUAAGGUGAAUAUAUUGAUACAACAAUUAUGCUAUCCUUCAAAUAUUAGUACGACAUGAGUAUAGGAUUCCUCAUUCCCUCCACUGGAAUAAUAUGCCAACAUGUAUGGACCACCAGCCAUUCCAAGCUAAGUUUUGUGGUCAAUCAGGCUUAAGAACUUUUUAUUGAUGAAGUUAUAUUUUGAACUCUCGAUUUGUAAUUAAAACAUUUCCUAGGUGUUUUCUCUACUGCUGGUGAUACUAAAUUGGUCCUAUAUUGGCUGAUGAUGCUACAUUGGUUCCAUAUUAGUCCAACAUUGGUCAUAUAUUGGCCCUAUAGUGGUCCUAUGGUGGUCCUUUAGUGGUCCUCUAUUGUUCCUAUAGUUAUACUACAUUGUUCCCAUAUUGCUCUUAACGUAACGUGGAUUUAGUGAACAUUUUUUAAUAUUACUCUUUAUUAACAGGUCAAGCAAUGUGCUUGUCAUUGAUCUUGGGCAUGUGAAGAUCACCAGUGAUCCAGACCAAGAGAGGAUUGUAUCCACAAAGGUGAUACUGAUCAGAUAAUUUUUGGACCACUUCUAUGUUUAAGAUGUUGUUCAAGAGUACUAGAAUUUGUGACUCGCUUUCAUUAUUCCACUGAAAAACUUGGGCUUUGGUAUCCGAUUCGAAGAAUAAUUAUUGUGUUUUAAGGAGAGGCUGUCAUGUGAAAUACAGAUUUUUAAAAUGCACCAUUAAGAGAGGGUGAAUCAAUUUGCAAAUUUGGGGAAUUUACUUUAAACGUGCAUUUUAUUUACACUCGGGACGUUCUAGAGAAACAUAGAAACAGAGGAAAAAUAACGCAGAUUGGUAGAUUUUCAUACCUUUACAACUUCCCUUCCAUUAACUGUACCAUUGAUGGCAAAAAGUCAUUGAAAUAAGACUUUUAGAAAUGUCCAGGUGCUACUUUUGAUGUCACACAUUUAAUUGGCUUGAUUAUUUUUACCAGGAUCUAAGCGUGGAGGAGUUGGAGUCGAAGUGUUACGAUAAGUUUGAUUUUAAACUGGAAGACCUUCAAAUACUCAUCGCAAAAGCAGGUAAUGGUGACUGGGUCUGCACAAAAUUCUGUGUAAUUGACAGUGUAUCCCGUCCAGCAGAACUUUUUUGUAACGUUUUUUAAGAAACAGAGUGAAAACAGCUAUUGCUAGAAUGUUAAUUGCCUACACGCCAUAUAGACAAGGAUAAUUUGUUUAGCAACCAACAACUUCUUUAGUUGGUGAUCAUUUCCUCUAUUCUCGUGGCCUUACUGUUUGAUUGUUUGAUUCUGGUGUGAUGCUGUAAGAAGAACAUAGAUGCCAGUCACUCUUUGGGAAUAGAACGUUAAUGAGUAUGGACUUUUGACGUAAAGUCUUUUUAUUUUAUUUUUUGCGGUAGAUGAAGACUGGCAGACCGCAAGGAAGCAGGUCAACUCUAAGAUGCAUAUUCUAGAUCCGAUGGGAAUUGACAUGAAGCUUCAGAAAGCAUUAAAUCCUGACGACAUCAGGCUUGCACAGUAAGAAUUGUGUUAUUCUGGUUCUUCUUCUAGUAUUUUCUUUCAUGAGAUCGGCUUUGGUGACCGCUGACCGUUGACCGUUGAAUCGCUGUGUUGGAGAUAUGUUUGAUGUGCGCCGAGCAAACUACUCAUGUUCCUCGUGAAUGUAUGUUUGACUGCUAUUUCUGAAACAGGAUCACACUCUCUGGAACCCUUCCAACUGUAAAAGUCCAUGCCUCUGAUGAGAAGCUUCUUCAGGUUAUUAAGGUGUGGUGGAAUAGCUUAAUAAGGAGUAGACCUUAGUAUCUAAACAGAUUACGAAUGAAAGUAGUUUUUUUUUUAGCUUGGUUGUUAGAUAAAGAAAGGUGUUGUUCAUUCGUUAUGAACAUGGAAUAAAGACAAAUUUUGAUUCCCACAAGGAAUCGAUCUGAAAGCCAUCAGAACUCGCGGUCUCAGGCUCUACCACUAUUUUACCCUUUGAACUCUAAGAUUGGUAUUCGUAUUCUUCAUAUUGUUCUCUAUACAUCGCCUAUGAUACUUUAAUGGAGAAUUUGUUCAACAAUCACUGUUUGAUUCAACAAUGAUGCUGUAAUAGAAAUAUAUAAAUACUUUUAAAAUAUAUGCCCCCUUCCCCUUGUCAAGAUUGGCAACGAGUAAACUGGAGAACUCGAAAAAACGUAAUGUUGAGAGGUUAGCGGGAAAGACUGAGGUUCAAAUCUCGUGGGGGACUCUUCUUUGUCCAUUAUCAUGACAAAUAACAUUUUCUUCAGGCCUUUGAAUUUUGUAAAAAUGUGUUGCCUUUCCAGGGACAUUAUGUCUAGACUCUCCCCAUGAUUGCAUGACUGCAAUCAACAUUGUGGUCUCGUUUACGGCUUUGUGACAUUGAAAAACCAACAACAAGAACAGCACAGAACAACCCUGAUAUUCUCAUGUGAGAUUGGUGUAAUCUCAAAAAAAUUUCCUUGAACUCUUUUGUUGUCUUUUGGGUUUCAGCUUGCUACCAGCAUCCCAAUACCAGGAGGUGAACGAGCUUUGGACCAAACGGAUAAAAAACCAAUGGUAUGUUAGAAACUACUAGAUAUGUAGUAGUCGUUUUUUAACUACUACGUGUGCUUUGAUAAAAGAGAGAGUCAUGACGAUCUGGCGGAAAUGCAUUUAAAACAUACUUUUAUCGCAUAAACUGGGGUUUCAACAGGGAUUUCCGGCUUUGAGAAAAGCCGCAGCAACACACGUGAAAAAAUUUUUUCACCUGUGUUUAUAUAGCCAAUCAGCUGCUGACACGUCACUCGCCUUUGGCGCCACUCGGUCAGGUUGAUGUAUGAUUGGCAAAGCCUUCACGAUUCUCAAUAUAAGUUGUCUGUUGGAGCUUUCUCGAACCGCAGCGGCUAAAACACUAACAAUCCGUAUCGCUGACAGACUGUGAGGUGCAAACUUUCUCAGAAGGGGAAGGAAACUAAUAUACUAAAAGAAAAACCGAAAGUUACAUAUUCAGUGGCCUUGGUGUUAGCAUUUCUCUCAGAUGAGAAUGAAAAUCGACAACUGGAAGAUUUGCCACUGGCCGAUUUUGGCUGUUUACUUGAAAUAAUUCUUCUAUCGGUAAGGACAACGUCAAUAAAUAAGAAUUUUGCAAAUUGAAAAUUACGACCACUGUUGUUUUUGUAAUCAUAAUUCAACGCAUUUUUCCGUCUUAAGAGUCAGCGCCAACGCACUCUACGAUUGUUAUUCGGGAAUUAUUGAUUUAUUUAUUUUCAUUCAUUUAAUGAAGUCGGCUUUUCUGGUCAGUAAAGGGCUAUUGCGUUCAUAUGAUAAACAAAAUAAUACAUGGUUGCUCGUAGAUAUGGAAUUUUUCUACUUGUGUUCAACUCGACUUCUCACUCGUGAGCUAUUAAGUUAAAUACUUGAAGCAACAUUGACUUUUUCUAAAUUUCUUGUUGUAGGACAUUCCUGGUGAAAAUCGCCGGUAUGCAACUGUAAGGGCUGAUGGUGACGUAACACAGUUGGGUGUUUUGGAAGGUGCUACAGGAGAACAAGAUGACGCGGCUGAGGAAAUGGAUGAAAUAUUCCAGACGCCACCUGAAACUCUAACCGGGUAUUGUUUAGUUUUAUACAGUUUUUUUUUCGGUUGGUUAAGAGGUAAAAAGGGGAGAGUUUCUGAAAUAUUUGUUCCCCAAGAGACCAAAUUUGAUGGUUAAAAAUACGGCGUAGAACCAUAGAAACACCUUUUUUAUUGAAGACUUUGGGGCGUAAAACCCACAAACUCUCUAAUAUUUCAUUUCCCAAUGUGUUUUGCCAAAGUUCGGCUACCCCUUAAUUUGUAUCAUCGAAAUUUGGCCAAUCAGGAAUUGUUAUUACAGUAUUUUCAGGUAUAAUAUUUUCCUUCUUUUUCUUCCGUAGAGAAUCCAGCCUUGAACGAGCUAAGAGAGAAGAAAAAAAGGCUUUGGCCCAACAAGUUAAAGUUUCGCUCAAGUUUAAGAUAGAAGAGGUGUAUUUGAGUAUUUUUCAUCGGAGUUAUCUUCUUAUUCUACUUAAGGUUUCGAAUUUUUUAAAGUUUACAGAAGAAGGAAAUUUAUGAGAGUAAGUUUUUAACUGUGUCGAGAGUAAUACAGGAUUGUUCUGUAAUUGGUCCAGAGAAGUCAACCAAUCAGUUGUAAAACUAAAAUCAACCAUGGUAAUUUAGUGUUAUCAACUGAGUUGAAAACGUCAAUUGGCCUCCGUAACGAGUAAAAAAGCUGACGUUUCGAGCGUUAACCCAUCGUCAGCGCGGUUGGCGAAGUGCUAACACUUGAAACAUCAGCCUUUGAACUCUUUACAGUGGCCAGUUUACGUUUUCAACUCAUUUGAUAACACCUAAUCACCCUGUUAUACUCUCCCACCGAUGCAGCACCACAGUUCCUUUAGAAACUUACCCCCUAAAAUCAACCACCUCUCGGCUAUGCAUGUUUUCCUGCGCUUCAGACUGUUUGCUUGUUCACUUCCCUAACCGAAAAGCGUUUUUGAUGGAUAUUGAUGUAUCUACAAGUAACAGAGUUGUGGAGAAGUUAUUUCUCUGCCAAUUCUAAGUCGAAUUUGAAUGAGGACUGUUAAAUUUUGUCCUCCUUUAGAAUAGCAGUCUCCAGGUAAACCAACUGAUCUUGAACUUUUUAUGUUGUAUUACAGAUAUUCGUUGAUUUUAGCGCAAUGGAUAGUGGAGGGAAAUUGACACCUUGUCUUGCGCUGCAUGUCAAAGGCCUGGGUACUGAUGUUGUCAUGCAUCCUUGGGAUCUUUCAGCAAGUGCUUCUUUGUCUUCUCUGGCCAUUGUGGAGAAGAUCCAUGGGACUGGUGGAGGUCCUCUUUAUCUUGUGCAGACGCCUGUUGGGGCAGAGCUACUCUCUGUUAAAUUUGUUAUGGUAAAACACCUUAUCUUGUGAGGUCUACUGCAUGUAUUUAAGACCCAGUUUUGACCAGUAUACAUUACGUGCGGCGUUGGCCAUCGGUGGCCGUUAACUCGAUGUUGAUUAUGCCACAAGCUUCGUAAAAUACAAUCCAGGCUUCACUUUCGUGAAAACCAUCACUAAAAAACAGAGGUACGCAGUGCAUACUGAGUCUGUAAUGAUGUGGGCCUAUGACAAGCCCUAGUAAGCCGGGAAUUCAUGGCAAUUUACAGAUUCAUUUGAGGUCGUAGAAGGGAGUACGGCUAAUCUUGGAAUUAAUGAAAUGACUAAUCUCUAUACUUGGGAAAUAUUGUUCUGCAUGCCUAAGAACAAAGUGAAAAACAAAAUGUUAUCCUGAGUUAGAGGCAGUCAGUGUUUUGGUAAUUUGAGGAUGUUUUUGUUUUCAAAUUUAUACAAAUGGUACUCUCUAUUCUCAUCAUCAGGAUGCAGAUGGUAGAAAUUAGUUCUUUUUGUCUUUUGAGAAGUAGUUAAAUAGUUGACAGGAGAUUUAUUGUUUGUGGUUGUCACUUCCGUGCUUACACGGUGUAAAGGUCUAUAUCUGCAGCACUAUAUCUGUUUAUGAUUGAAGUAUUAAAACCCUGGACCCUAAAGAAAGACUUGCGUCAAAUUUCUCCCUUCAGGACCACCCCAGAAUCGUAUUGUAAGGUCAAGAACAUAGAGGGAUUGGUUAUCAAUUCGAGAAGCUCGUGACUGUUAAACAAAUUCUCCUUGUCAGCAUCUUAGGAAAUACAUAGAGAACAGUAUGGAGAAUAUGCAUACUGAUGUUAAUGAGUAAAGGGUUACUUGCUGCUUUUGAUAUCAAUUUUAGGUGGAAUCAGACCACCCAGAGUACAGCUCAACAUUUAAGUCCACUAAGCAGUCUGUUGCUGUGGAAUUUUCUUCACUGCAAGUAAAACUGCAUCAAGAAGCUCUGCUCAACAUCAUCGAUGUUUCAGCCAAAAUGCUGCCGCCUAGGUGCUGUAAUUUUAAUGUAGCUUAAGAACGGUUCAUGUCUACUCUGUUUUGGCGUUAAGCCUUUUACAUCCUCUUAUGUAGAGACACUUGGCUUUUGGAAACAGGCAAUUCCAAUAACCGUAAUUUGGUAACUGAUAGUGUAGCUCGCAGCGCGCGCAUAGUUAUCAAAAAAUGGAAGUUACUGUUACCCAUCAAGCUAAAAAAAAAUUAAUGAAUCAUGUAAGGAAAGUUAUCCGUCAUUUUUUCUCGAACACCGUUAUAUUGGUUGGAGUUUAUAUCCAAUCCUGACACGUAAAUUGUAAUGUGCAUUUUCCAACAGACCCACUGAUACAAUGUAGUUUUCAUAUAUAUAACUAGCUUUAGUUUUUAUAACUUUGUACUGAUGAAGCAUAAUUCCUUUUUUUCUCAUAUGCAUUAUAUUUAUAGGUUACAUAGAUUACAUGUACACAGAUUUUAUAAGUUUUUUGUAAAUCACGUUCUUAAUGUUUAUCUAUCUAUCAUGCCCCUUUUGUAUACACGCAGUUAAGCUUUUCAGCUGCAAAGCAUUAUUGUAAUAAACAUAUCUAUAUGUCUUUGUGACAACUCUCUCUCCACCAGUUGUCAAUUGAAGAAACGUUUUUUUUUUUCUCUUUUGCCAGUGAAGAGACUCCAGCUCUGUUACUUGUGUCUGCUGAAGAUACAAAAACGGAAGGCAGAGAUGAAAAUAAAACGUCUGAGCUAUCUACGCCUAAAGGCAAAAAGAAGAAAGAUAUUAAAGAUGAAAUACAGAUUGAAGUGACUGCAAAGCUGGGAGGGAUCGAUGUUACAGUGACAUCUGUUGAGGGUGAUUUGACGCAUGUAAUUAUUGGAGGUGAGGGGUUUUUUACUCAACAACCAUAAUUUGGUAAUGCAUAAAUGAGAUGUUACAAAUUACCCAUCAUCAUUUCACAAUUUUUGUAGGGGAGAGCUGGGGCAAUGAAAAUUACACCUUUCCUGCCCCCUUCCCCCUCCGUCCUUUCUAACUCUAAAUCAAACAUGGCUAGUCGGCUAAUGAGGCACUGCACUACAAGGCAUGAUACGAUAUGUUGGGCUUUUGUUCAAUAUUAUUUUGAAGGAAGCAAGUGAGCAAUUGUGAUAGUUUCAAUCCGCCAAAGAAUUGGUAUUAAAAAUAAUAUUUUCAGUCUCUCUUGAAUUUACUUUAUGUACUCUAUGUUUGACAAGUUCAAAUAUUUUUCUUCACACAAAGAUUUGUCCGCUGGCUGUGUUGUUAGAGACAGCAGAACAGACGUUAUGGCCAGGUAUGUAUGACCUAAUUGUCUUAGUCAAUAUCCCUUUUUCUCUGAUCGCGAUCAAAAUCACUCAAACUUUCCAGGUCCAAAAAAUUAUCGUUUGAUAGAAAAAUUUUCAAUUGCGUGUUGAAAGUAAUCCAGGAAUGUUCUAGUUUUACUUUAUUUCGUUACAUGAUUGGUCCAGCAACUCGCGCCACUUCUUUAACCAAUCAGAUUCAAACUAAAACCAAUCGCGACUUGGUCACUUGCGUUUUCCCGUGCUUUAGGCGGUUUGCUAGUUUUCACUUCGAGUUGUCAUGGGCUCCUUGUGAUAUUUUCCUGGCAAUGAUUGGCUGUUGUGGUUGCUUUGGUUUUGGUUUUACGACACUCAAUCGAAAAGCUUUCUAAGAGUCUCUGUUUCAUUUCAGCAUGAAAACUUUGUCAGUGAUGGAUUCUACUCCUGGGGCGGUAUAUCCGAAGAUAGUAUCCCUCGUGAACGAGGAGGUGUUUAGCCUUCAGGUGUGUAAAAUGAGAACUGUCUAUUUCAGACAUGGAACUGAGUGACAACAAGGUCAUAUACCAAUUUAGUUUGAGAUUUGUUCUGCACCUUUUGUACAACCACCAGAGAAAAUUUCCUUCAAGUGUCCUUAAAGAAACCUCACACCAAUUCUUUAACCAAUCUCAUGUAAAGUGAUUAACCACUCUCAACCUGAUUACUCACGUUUUUUUGCGCCUCUAGCAGUUUGCUUGUUUUUGCUCUGAGUUCUCAUCAACUCCUAGUAAUAUUUUGCUCUGUUCUGAUUGGCCAUUAAUCGAGAUAACUAUGAUUUUGGUUAUACGACAAUCAAUGUAUAAGGGUUCUUUCAUGAUCGUUAUUGCUGUUUUAACCAGUGCUGUUAUUAACUUGAAUUAAGAGUAAAACUUUCUAAUUUUAUUCCAUACCUUAUGUUCUUAGGUUAUUGCACACAAUGAUGCAACUGUCGGCAUCAAGUUUAGAGACAUGGAAGCUGUAGAUCUGAAAUUCGAGAUGGCAAUUGGUUGUAUCCGUGUCAUCUUCCUAAACAAAUUUGUGAUGAGGCUGCUGGUCAGUAAACUUUAUUAGCGUCAAUAUAUUUAGCAUUUGUGAUUCCUUACAGUUGCAGAAAUUGAAGUUAGUAAAGCUGUAGUAUUUUGUGUUGAAUAUUAUUUUGGAAAUUUUCAGCCUUCCGUUUGAAUAGAAUGCUAUUCAUUGUACUGAUAGUUAGUGCGCCUCAGCCAACAGGAAUGAAAUGGCAUUUAUUUUUUGUUACCAACUGUGAGUUACAUGUAACCACUACGGUUAAUUUCGCCUGAGUAAAUAUGAUUACUUUAUCUUUUAGAGGAUGAAAUCAUUCCGAGCUCAGAUAUGAAUCUCUGUGUUAUUUCAGGACUUUUUGAACAAGUUUCAGCGGGCAAAGGAUGCCAUGGAGUAUGCCAGAAAAACUGCAGCUGAGUCAGCCAGUGCAACAGUGAGUCACUAGCCGUUAUUAAAACCUUUACAUCUUGACCCAUUCACUCCCAGAUCUCAUUAGUAAUUGUCCUUACUGUGUGCUAUGCAAUUCUUAUGAUGUUGUUUGAGAGAGUUUGGUGUUAGAUUCUCCUAAUUGAUAUUUUUCUUUUUUCUCAUUCCUUGUCUGCUUGAUGUUUUACUGAUUUGAGAGGAGAAACUCUGUCUUGGUCACUCAAGGGAGUUAAAGGGUUAAAAGCAGUAUUCACUUUUUUCUAUUGUUUUGACAAGGGGAAUUUGUUUAAAAUCAUGAGAUUCUUAAUUUGGCCUUGAUGUUUGAUAAAGAGGUAAUACUGUAAAGUGAAAUCAGACGCUAUCCACUGUUAGGAACUAAAGGGUGACUUUAUUAGGUGUAAAAAUGUGUUUUUCUGACUUUUAGAUUCAGAUUUUGCAAACUCAAAGCUCAAGAAUAAGCUUGAAAGUUUCUAUCCAAGCACCUGAGGUUAUCAUCCCUGUGAGUGCGACGUCUCGCGAUGCACUUGUUGCAAAUCUUGGUCACCUAAGUGUGUCAAACACCUUCAACCUUGCACAUGAUGGGGAGGAUCCUGAAGGAAGUGAUACUGUUGUUAUUGACAACAUGGUGGUGGAUCUUAGUUCUGUAAAACUGUUGAGGUAUAGAUUUCAUCGUUUAUUCUAGCGAUUUUGAAACACAGUGACCUAGUGGCUUGUGCAGCUGUGUAUACCUUCAGCCUGAAGCCACUCCUCGUAGUCAUUUGGGCAGGUGUUGAGCCACUUUGUUAAGAUAUCGUUCAAGGCAUUCCAAACAUAAGGAGACAGGCUUAAAUUCAAUAAAAUUCAUGUUUUCACGGAAUGCAUGUAAGCACCCCAUGUACGAGGUGUUCACGAUAAGUCUUCGGUUCCCAUUUAAACAUGCUAUUGUUUCCUGGUACGAAUUGCCUCAAAUAAGAUUAAUAAUAAUAAUAACAUUAGAACUGUAAAACUCAACCACACGUUACCAGGAUUCCGUGUUGACUCUGGUAAAUCCAUGCAAUCAAGAAAUAGAUUAUGAAAGAUGAUGUCAUUCAGUGAAUGACACAGGCAUACUUCGAAAAAAAUUCCAAGUGCCCCCAAAGGAGUCGAACACACGACCUUCCGAUUAGUACUUGGGAUACUCUUCCUCUCAGGUUGAGCUCUAGCCUCGUGGAACUAAAUCCACGGUAACAAAUUUCCUGCAAUCGAUUUGAGAUACUUUUGCACGAUGAUAUAACUGAGGAUGGUAAAUUUUAAGCCUGGUGAAAGAUGAUGUUGUGCAGUGAAUGACACAGGCGUACUCGGAAAAAGUAUCUCCAAAAAGAAAUGCAUAGUUUGCUGCUAGGUGAAGGCAAAGAGAUUGAAAAUGUGUGCCACACUCGUGUCUGAUGAAACAAUCCUUUUUCUUUGUACAAUAAGAGCUGUGAUGACUGAUGGAGAAACCAUAGGACCUACUCAACUGGUCCUUGAACCAGCGAAUCUGACAGUUCAUGUGGCUCGAAACUUGUCUCCUUGGUAUCACGAUGUGCCUGAUAUCGAUGUGAAGGGAAAGCUUCAUGCAGUUAAGGUUAGUUUAUUGAUGAAAAGCAUUUGAAAUAAACAAUUGAACAAAUUGCAAACAGAAUGGUUUGCUUUUCGUAGUAAGAAAAGCAAACCAUUCUGUUUGCAAAUGAUUUGUUCCCACCACUGAAUAAUUUCAGUCUCGGUAUACAUUCCCAAACUCGGUAGACAUCCCUUCAGUCAUAUGGUGGCCUUUUGAAUAAAGCAACUUGGACUUCUAGAUAACUCUCCAUGUUCCAAACGAAAAUGUUUUUCCAUUAAGGUACUUAGAUUGCAAUUUUAAGUGAGACUAAUCGUGGGAAGAAAAUCAAAGAACAGUGUGGCAGCCCAUAUUUCUUAUGACUAAAAAUUCAAGUUAAAAUGUUUUUUUGGAGGGUACAUGCCGUUAGUUAGCGUAAGUCAACGCAACUUUAAACAUAACAUCGACUAACUGCUGUGUGGGGUGAAAACGUACCCAAAAAAAAGGGUGUGAAUCUUCCUCAUUCUAACUUUGUCAAAAUUACAUUUAAACUUAUCAGAAAUUAGAGAUUUUAUAUGGUAUAACAGAUAUUUACCAGAUAUUUACAUGUCACGUGUUCUGUCUUUGUACAGUUAUGUGCUGGUGAAGAUAAAAUAAGAACUAUACUGGGGAUCUUGUUCAAGAAUCUCAAUGAAGGAGUCACAUCUCGCACAGGUAAAGGUGUCGCAAUGAGUAGCUACUGAAAAUUUAGAUUUUUGAUUUUAUGGUUAUUUUGACACUGAUCACAGAUAUUUUCACAAUUGCAGAGGAGAUAAGCACCAUAGCACAAGAUACAGUUGGUAAGAUUCUUCAUUUUUUUACAUAGAAUUCUCGGGAGUGUUAUUAUGACAACCCCAAUUACCCUAUAAUGCCUCGCCCACUGUUAUUACCACUCGUGUUAGUUUCCAGUUAAAGGUUUCGUUUGACGUUUGGGGUUGAAAAUCAGGAGAUGCAAGAACGAUUGAGUUCUUUUUUCCUUUAUUAUGUGGUAGUAUGACACUAAAAUGAGGAAAACUAACAUUCAGGCAAAUAUAACACUUAAUCACUGGGUAAAUGUUUUGUCUAGGGCCUGAAAUAUAGACUUCUAAUUUACUUAAAAAGGCUUAAAUAGCCAUGCCUUACCUUUCAGAUUCCGCGGGCGUUGCCAGUCAAAGCCUGAGUGUUGCAGAACCAGCUUCGAGUGAUGUUGUGUGGGACUUUGUGAAAUUUUCAUUUGAGAUUGAAGAAGUUUCAGCUGCAGUGUUCUGGGAGGAAAAGGUUAGUUAAAUGUAAUUUGGUAUUAUCAACUGAGUUGAUAACGUAAAUUGGCCACCGUAAAGAAUUUUAAAGCUGACGUUUCGCUCUGAGGAAGGGCUAACGCUCGAAACGUCAGCUUUGAAACUCUUUACAAAGGCCAAUUUACGUUAUCAACUUAGUUGGUAAUACCAAAUUACCUUGUUAUACUCUCCCACCGACGCAGCACCACAGUUUCUUUAGGGACGUACCCCCAUUAUAACUGCUAAAUGAUCGUGCUAGGGGUAGCGAAGGUGGCUAGUGUAACAUCCUAAAAUGCUUUUGUCCAUUUUUAAACGAUGCUCCUUUGCCUCAGCCUACCGGCACCACGUCAUCCAGAGAUGCAGAAUGCUGUUUAGGGCAGUUCUCGCUGGUCCAGGUUAAAGCCUCAGGGAGUAUCAAAUCCAACUCGGCAAUAAAGGCCAGUGUGACGUUAGAGAGUUGUAUUCUCGAUGAUAAAAGGCCGCAGAGUGAGGAAGGAGUCACAAGGUAAGAAAUGAUGCAAUAAUGUGUAGUUCACCAGUGUUACGUUUCUCAUUUUGACUUUUUACUAAUUUGUCGCCCUCUGUAAUACAAGGAGUACUAGAGGCGCCCCAAGGCGUCGCCCCUUGAGUAGUUGCUUUAAGUUCCGUCACCCCCUAGUGAAGUUCAUUUACUCAGAAAUAUGAUUGCAUUGCCCCAAUUGAAAGUUGCAUCGUCCCCAACUUUUGAUCUAAAUUCGAUUAAGGUUUUAAACGCGCAUCAUCAUCCGGUGUCGUUCCAAAGCAAUGAUAACAGCCCUUCAAAACAAAGGGAAAUCCAGUGAAGCCAAUAAGAAGUCAAAUUAGAAAGCAAGUCGCCCCGUUUUUUGGUAAUCUAUCUUAUCAUGGAGCAAACUAAGGGAAUGUAAUUGCGGAUUAGUCUUGGCACUUAGUUGGUAAAUGCUUCAAGUCUUUUAUCAUGUUAAUCUACGCACUGGCUAUCCAUAGAAAAAAAAUACAAUGUUGGUUUUCAGGAUGAUUGAAAAGUUUAGUGGUGGUUCAAGUGAUGUUGAAAACAUGAUCGAUAUUCAGUUCCAGCAAACUGCUGCUCAGGACAAAAACAGUAAGUUUGAUUAUGAUUUUCAUUCUUAUGGUCACGUUAUCAUUUGGUGACAACUCGGCUUAGGGUGAAAUUUUCCUUUCAAAUGCACUUGUGGCUACCGAGAGAUGCCAAGCUCUCCGUAAUUUUGUAAGAAUUUCUAUGUUUGCUCUUGUGUUUGAUAAGUUUGUUAUAGAAGCAGCAAGAUAAACGUCGAAAAUUCCACCAUUUUUUUUGUCAUUCCAUCAUUGAAUCUGAACCUAAAAUGUAAUCCGAAAUUAAAAUAGUUUUUAAUUCUAAUUUAAAGACCAAGUUUCAUGUAGGCAGAACACUUUGUUCUUUGCUUUCAUCCAUGCUACUGCAGUACAAAAUUGACUGUGAUAACGAGGUAAUUAAUUUCAGAAUAUUAACCAGCAGAUCAGUUUUCAAUUGACUGACGUAAAACCAAAGUUAUUACAAUAGCCAAACAUAACAAAGGUUUGUGACAUCAUUGAUCAAUGAGGACUCAUUUAAAAUAGGAAAAUACAAAAAAGCGCGGGAUAACGGGGGCAACCAAAUCGCGAUUGGUUAUCUUUUGACGUCUGAUUGGCUUGGGCAUUACGAUUUUUAGACCAAUCACAGACCGAAGUAAAGCAAAACCAAAGCAAUCCCAGAUUACUUUCGACAUUCAAUUGAUAAUUGCUUUAUUUAUGGGUGGUUAAAUGUGAUUGAAACUAGAGUGUGUAGAAUACAUUAAGACAUUAGGGUACCGCUUUUUUGAGGCCGAAAAUUAAACUUGGCCUCGCCUCUUUCUGCUUACAUAUUCAGUUGAGAUGGCAAUACAGAGCUUCAACGCUGUAGUAAACUUGGAGUUUCUACAGGUUCUGUCUAAAGUGUUUACGUCAGCGUUAGCCACGGAUGAAUCAGACAGCACGUCAUUGCUUGCCUCUCAACACGUAUCUCAGGAGGUGGCCGUUACACAUCCAUCUGUAUCUGUUGCGACCACCGAUCACGAACCACCACAAAUCGACGUUAAGAUCGCCGUUAAAGACCCAGAAAUUAUCUUGCUAGCAGACGGAAGAGACAAAAAUACCAAUGCUCUCUUCUUGAAGGUUAGUACAUAUCCAGCAGUGCAUAGUUGGCAAAAUAGAGAUGGAAGUUCAAAUACACUUAACCCUCUACAUCAUCAGUGUAAACAUCAGUAUGCAUUUUCUCCAUACUGUUCUCUAUACAUUUCCUUAGGUGCUGACAGGGAGAAUUUGUUUAACAAUCAAGAGUUUCUUUAGUUGGUGAUCAUUUUCUUUAUUCUAAGGAGAAAUUAGAUGCUAGUCACUCGUAGGGGUCAAAGGGUUGCACACUACUUUGCAACCAAACAAAAGAGGGUUCAAACGAGCAGUCAAGGAUGGAAGCCAACAUGCCAUAAGGCAAAGGGAAAGACAGGCAAAAAAACGGGCAGACAGACAUACACGUAUAGCUGAGAAAGAAACUACGUAAAAGAAAGAAAAAUGGCUUUCGAAGCCACAGUUUAACCGAGCUUGUUGAUGUAAAAAGUUACGGAGAAACAUUGUUUUUUAAAGGUAUUCGCGAAGGGUGCAUCGAGUUUGAAAAACGGCUUGUGACCCUUUUACUUAAGGAUUGGAUUCCCACGAAAAGUGGAACUAUGAUGGCUUAUAUCUCACGGAUAUGUUCUCAGUUCAGCCACUUCCCUCGUAAAAUUUGUAGUAAAUUAUACAUUCAUGUGUGUUUUAUAUUCUCAAACAUAAGCGAAGAGUUUAUUCGACGUUUUAUACAUAUUUUUUUCUUGCAGAAUACAAUCGAUUUCCGCUUUGUUCAGGGUCUUGGACAGCAAAAGAUGUCGGGUUCUGUUUCAGAUGUCGUAAUUACCUCAGCAUCGUUUGACAAGGAGAGAAGAGCUUCAACGAAAUCUAGGGUGAAACUUUAUUCCUUUUACUUGAGGGUGUAGUAUAUUGAUCAGCGGCGCGACAACGUGGCUAGAGGAGUCAACUUACCUUCCGGAGCUCCUGGGCUCGAGUCUUAGGUCACGAUUGUAAAUGGCGAACUGCCCGCGGGGAUUUUCAACCUUGAUGGAGAAACUUUCAAUUGAGCGUCCAAAUUAAUCCAAGGUCUCUUUGGUUUAGUUUACUUUGUUGUGUGAUUGGUCCAGAAAGUCGUGCUCCUUUCUUAACUAAUCAGAUUCAAAACUUCAACUAAUUGCGACUUGGUCACAGGCUUUUUCUUGCGUUUUAGUCGCACUCAAUCGAAAUGCGCUCUAUGCUUUAACCGAAUGCGUGGUUUUUCCCAAAGAGUAGCCCAGAUCCUCCGUGCUUUCUGCCUCAAAAACUUCUGAGAGUAAGCUCUUCAUAUGUGAAAUGUUUCUCCCUGACAAAUUAUUUGAACACUUUACUCAAAGUAAUUCACUUCCUUUUCAUUUGCAGGUUCUUCAGCUUUCGCAUAUAUCUUUUGUAAGCUCGGCACCAGAAGGCGGUAGCAUGCAUAUUGACGUAUCGACAGCAAUGGCGUACAUACACGUGUCGCCUCCUACAAUUAGGACAUUAACAGCGUGUCUGAUGUCAUUAGCCCCAGCUAAGGUUUGUGUAGCGUACAGAAUCAUUGGUAAGAACGCAUUUGGAAGGUUUGUGUGUCUCAUGAACAUGUUGAUAAGAAUAGUUUUUUAAAGGUUACUAUGACUUAUGAAAUCCUUUUCAACACUCCCAAGAUUUCAUUACUGAAUCUCGUUACAAAUUGAUAGACAAUUUUCAUGAUGUUGCUUCGGAGAAUUUGUCAUUGGGUCGACUGAUAAUCCCUUUGCUGAUAUUUUUCUUUAUUCUCAUCACUUGUUGCUUUAUAUCGUAUUGUUAAUGUGGUGAGAAGUUGUGUCUUGGUCACUCGUGGGCGUUAUGGGGUCAAGGAACCAUCUUUAAAAAAUCCUUAUUUAACGUUUUUAUGACUUAUUAACCGAUACGAAAGAGUCAAUUUGAAUGUGUGCUCGUGUUUCAUCCUUCGCAUUCCCUUUCCUUCCGAUUUUUCCUCUCCAGACGGAAGAAGAUGGAAAGAAGGCAAUUGAAAGCGCUGUAGACUUAUGGAAUGAAAAGCCAAUUACGACUAAGGAUCGAUGGUAUUUAUCCCCAGGUGAGGCAAACAUUACCGUUUAUUUAACACAUAAACUGCGGUGUUAGACAAGGAUUUCCGGCCCUGAGAAAAGCCGAAACAACACACGUAAAAAAAUAUUUUAUUUCUUCACGUGUGUUGAUAUAGCCAAUCAACUGCUUACACGUCAAUCACCUUUGGCGGCAUUCGGUCAAUUUGAUGAAUGAAUGAUUCUCAAUUGAAGUUGUUUGCCGGAACUUUCUCGAAUUAUGUCGGCUAUAACACUAAAAAUCCGUAUCGCCGACAGACAAUGAGGUUCAAACUUUCCUAGAAGGGAAAGAAAACCAAUAUACUAAAAGAAAAACCGAAAGUUGCGUAUUCAGUGGCUUUGGUGUUAGCAUUUCUGACGGAUGAGAAUGAAAAUAAUAAUAAUAAUAAUAAUAAUAAUAAUAAUAAUAACAACAAUAGGCUAUUGUGUUUAUAUAAUAAACAAAAUAAUACAUGGUUGCCUGUAGAUAUGGAAUUUCUCUUCUCGUUUUCAACUCAACAUUUAGCACUCGAAGAGAAAUUCCAUAUCUACGCGCGCCUAUGUAUUAUUCUCUAUUUAACGUACUCUAUGACUAGUCGAAGGAACCCUCUUCUGAGGGUGUUACAGUUAUCCUUCCUGUUUCUGAGGUUGCGUGCAAAUUAUUUGUUCAGAUGAAGUGAAAACGGGAUGCUCUGCUUAGUAUUUUACUUCUAUAUUGCCAAAAAUACAGAAAAAGAAAUUUUUUUAGUUUUCAUUGAUGUAGAACUUUCAGAGUAUCACGGCUAUGAUCAAGACAUUAUGGUAAAGGUUUACCUUUAAGUAUUCUAUAGAUCCCAAAAGCAGGGCGUGAAAUUGCGCCUCAUACGGGCGCCAAUGCGACUAAAUUUUUCACUUUGGCGACCAAAUCCUGAAUCAUAACGAUACCUAGAGAUAUAGUGAAUUAAAAAGAUUUGCAAAGAGAAAUCCGUGGCAAACUUCCUCGUUAAGUUUGUUUAAUUUCCAAAACGCAGCACAUGCAUCUCAAUUGAUAAUUAGACGCUAUCUUGGAUUUAGGUGAGCUUGAACAUUGUAUAUCACUCAUCCUAGUGUCCACUUUGUAGAACUUUGUAGAACUUUGUAGAAUUUUGUAGAACUUUGUAGAACUUAAUUUUGGAGGGUCUAUCAAGAACGCUGACAGCGUAAAAAAAAAAAAAAAAGGUUUUGUUUGUCUUUAAAAAUGGCGACCAAUUUUUUUUGCAUUGGCUACCACUUUGAAAAAUUAGGGAGCCAAGUGGCUUUCAGGAAAAAAAAAAUUCACGCCCUAAAAAGGGUUUUUUUGGUGUGGGGGAGGUGGAGGGAGAGAGUUACUUUAUCGGUGAGAACACUCACUCCCCUCCUGUGAGGGCUGGGAUUGAGACAUUUUGUCUUCUGCGAAAACUGAGACCAAAUUCUCAUUAUUCAGGCGCUUGGUGGCAGUUUUGAAUUUAAAAUUUGGGUUUGUUCGUUUUCAGCCAAAAAUUGCCGUCAGGGUUUAAACCGCAUUUGUGUGUGCAAGUUUUCAAAUGUAGGCUUCGGGAUCUAGUUGAAAGCAUUUAAAAACAAUUCGUGAAGGGAAUGACAGUUUUCAUGAGUUUUUUUAAAUAUUCCUUGCAUGCCUGCACUCGAUGUCCGUACUCCUAAUAAGAACUCUUGAGAGCUUUCCCGUGUUUUUAAGGUUGGGGUAAACUUUUCACGUUUGUGAUUUGCGUUUUAGUUCCAGAAGACCAGCUUGUUCCUGGGAGACGGGUGCUUGCCAGAGCUUUGACUAACAUGAAGUUUUAUGAUCCGGGAUAUAUUUACAUGGCUUUGGAAAACAUGAUUGGUGUCCACUUUGACGGCGGCCUCCCCUCCGCCUAUGAUCCAAAUGACAUCACCGCUAUGAUGGUGGAUAAAGACCCUGAUCCUCAAGCUCUGGUUGUUGGCACACCUGUGGUGGCCAAGCGUUCAAACGAUUCAUCUCAUGUCGAAGGAAAAGUGAAAGAAAGGAAAGAGGAGAAUGGAAAGGAAACAUAUUUAAUUGACUUUUGGGAUGGCAUCGAACAAUGGGACACUCUAGAUCAGAUUCGUAUUCUCACCACCAGUAAGCCAGGAGGUAUGAAGUUUGAGGAGUUUUAGCAGACAAUUCUAGCCAUGUUACAUUUCUGUUGUCAGCAUAGGUUCACAUUAGUCCAGUUGCGUUGGUUGGGAAAGUUACGAAAUUAGCUCGAAUAACCGGAGAUUGGCAUUUGCUUUCAUCCUUCUUUGAACUAAACUCCAUCGGAUUCAGUGCGAACGAUGAACGCCGUUUAAUAUUUUAAAAAUUUGAAUGAACUCCAUGCUUUGCAACUGCAUCUAAAAUCAAAGAUGCGCAUGUAAGAGUCUGCCUCAAUUUUUUUUCUUGUAGUUCCCAGGGGGCAGAUUGAAGUGUCAUCCAUCGUAUUUGUCAGAUUAAAAGACGACAUGUACAGGAGAGGUUUUGUCUCCAGCAAAACAUACAGGAAACAUGUGAUACGGUUAAUCGGUGAAGUGGCCACCAUCAGUGUGGACGCAAACGACAGUGCGGCGGUAGUACCAGAUGUCAUCCCAGAUGUAGCUUCUCUUACUGUUGGAAGAACAGUUAUUGCUACAGUUGACACUGCUUUUUGGGAGGCGGGAUUUAUUGUUCAGAUUCGGACACGAGAUGAUUCAGGACAGGACAUUUACCGCGUCAGGUUCUUAAAUGGUGGCGAUACGUGGAUUUUUAACAUCAACAACAUCCGUAUCUUGAUGGCAAGGAAACCUAAUGGUAUGUGUGGCUACCAAUUUUCAAUUGAGUUUCGAAAGUAAUCCGGACUUGCUUUGGUUUUGCUAUUCUGCACCAUAGAAUUGGACUAGAAAAUACGUGCUACUUUCUCAACCAAUCAGGUUGAGCUCUUAAAAAAUUACAACUUGGUCGCCCGCAUUUUCCCUCGCUUCAGGCAGUUUGCAUGUCUUUAGUUUCGUUCUCAUUAGUUCCGUGUGGUAAUAUCCUUUUUUCUCAUUGACUGUUUUGAGAUUCGCAGUAUUUUCACUUGUAGGAAUUAAUGUAAAUUAUAUGUAAUGGUUAGAGAGACGCUAGAAAAAAUGAAUCGAAAGACUCUGGUAACUUCGCAAGCAUUAUAUAAUAUUUUUCCUAUUAUGAAAAUCACUAGGCAAGGUGCAAGGUGUAUUGGUUCUAAUUGCCGUGAAGAGGACAUAAAAUCAUAUCCAUUAUAUAGUUCUAGUGUGCCUAGUGUAGUCUGCGCAAAAUACUACGUAAAUUCUAGUGCAAGCGUUUUUUCGAUGGUAUUACUUUCUGUACUACCAUCAUGAAAGUAAUAAGAGUGGGGUGAGUAAUAAGGGGUGGGGUGGGGUGGGGUGGGUGGAGGGUUGAAAGGGGUGCGAACCCCCUACUGAGAUGACUUGCCGCUUUCUAAUAUGACUAAUAUUCUGCAAAACAUAAAUCAAAAGUGUGGUGUUGAAGAAAAACGAAUAACGACGUAAUGAUGACAGUCGUAAUCCUCAUUCUUUGUUGUUCGCUUUUAAGAUUUGUUUACGUCACCUGUCCGUUACGUCAUUCCUAAGUGGUGCACCUCCUCCCAAGAAAAAUCCUGGAUCUGCCUCUGUUGCCCACUAUGUCAAAAACUGUUAUAUCUUAUUGGCUACUUGUUCUUAUACAAGGGGCUACAUACAGAACGAUGGAAAUCUAGAGUAAAUGAGAAUUUUUUGCCUUAUUAUUUUCUCUCUCUAGUCCCAGAAGGCAUUUUAGACGUAGGCACAGUGGUGUGGGCACACACGUCCAAAAUACGUUACUACAAAGGAUUUGUCGCCUACAAAGGAACAAAGCUGCAUGUUGAUCUCUAUGACGGAGAUAAAUUUGUGUACGAAAUGAAAGAUGCGUCACGCAGAGUGAUUCCUGAUGUGCCGCCAAAGGCGGCAGAUAUCAAACCUGGAACCAGAGUUAUAGCCAAGUUUAAGAACAAGCCUCGGUAUUACAGUUCUACAGUGAUGGAGGUGGACGCCUCUGAGCCAAGCGAACCGAUGUAUCAUGUGAAGCUUGACGAUGGAGAUGAGACGUGGGAUUCUUUGUAUCAUCUCAGACUUUUACCCAAAGAGGUUCAAGUUGGAGGUACGUUUUGGAGUGUUUGUGUUAGCUCCUUCAUGAUUUGAGUGAUAUAAAAAAAACUGAUUUGAUAGCAGGCUUGCUUUGAUGAGCAAACAAUCAGUUAGUAAAUAUCUUGGGAUGGUUUGUUAUUAUCCUUUGCGAUUAACCUAAACGAAAAUUACUGUAUGUUUUAUCUCUAGGUGAGGAGAAGCCUCCUAACCAUGUUAAUGCCAACGAGGCUGGGAACCAUAAAACAGAAUUGGUAAGUUUACAAGGGCGUGGCUUAUCGGGUUUCUUAGGGUGCCUGUGAAUUCUACCCCCCUUAUUUGAGACACCGUUUUGUGACAGGUCAAGCACGUAUACAUCUCAUGAUUCAGAUUUGAGAAAACAGGCGAAUCCAAACAAUCUAGCCGGGAUAAAUCUUUCCAAUGCUGGGUACUCUAUUGGUCCAUCGCUCUUGCCGUUAAGAAUGCGAGCCCGCUGAUACACAAGGAAGAGAAGCCGUAAAAGACAGUUACCUAGGGCGCGCGGAAAUUAAUAACUUCCCAUCCCCGCUCCUAAAACAAGUCUUAGCUGCACCCCAGCCACUAGAAACAUUUUAGAUCCAUAUCAGUCAUCCUGAUAUUUUUAGGGGCCACCAGAGAUAAAUUUUUCUUUCACAACGAUAAUUCAAAAUGUUAUUUUUUUUCUCAGUUGGUUUUUGAAAUGGAAGGAUUUGACAUCAAGCUUGAAGGUUUGUUUGGCAGCCAAGUGAUUCCAUUGCUGUCCGUUGAUGGAUCCAUCCAAGGAGAAGUUCGGAACUGGUCUUCGGCAGUAAGUAAAAAAAAUGUUAUAACGUAUGCUGUAGCAAUUAUUCUUUUGAAAGACAAUGGUUCAUUUUCAUGUGAAUUUUUUAUCAGUAAAAGCGGCUUUUGAAUCUUAAUACCCCUUCCAACUUUUUCAGUUAUAGCAAAUGCUUUUCCUCGUUAUCGAGUUUGAUGAGAUUUUUGUGGAGCAUUGGGGUAGUUUAACGCACCUAUGUUGUAUUUUGGCAUUUUUUCGUUAGUGUUAUUAUUUUUGUUUUCUUUUCGUUGUUCCCUUUUAUUUUGUUAGAGACCCGUCUCCCCAAUGGCCGGUGCACUAGAUUCUGUGUUAAAAAAAUCCUAGUGUGGGCAUUGGAGCCCAUUUCACGAAAAUUCCGGGUCGGAAGCCAAAUUUUAAAAUCAAAAUCUAAAGCAUAGAGAAGCAGGUUCUGUCACCCUAGCAAGUACAAUUCAUUUCUUUAGCUGAUAGUUAAAUUGUAUAAUUUUCAAAACUUUUGAAAUCCCCAUCUUAAAUGAAAACAAAACAGCUCUACGGGCCCGUUAAGUUACCAGGGCUGUUUUGUUUUCAUUCAAGAUAGGGUUUCCAAUAGUUUUGAGAGUUAUACAAGGUGCGUAAAAGGAUACCAGCGAAUUCUUAGCGAAACCCCUACGAAAUACCAAGGGGGGGGAGGGAGGAGUGGGGUGUGUAUAAGGGUAACCUGCGAUAGACUAGAAUCCCAUUCAGGGAGUGUAGCAAUGGCGGUACUCCUACUCGUCUUAUGCUACAGAAACCGCGACAACUUCGGUCGGGGGAGUCCUUUGGCUGGUUUAUGUGACUUGGCAUUUCUUAUUUAUUUCAGUUGUCAGUCCAUGCUGGAGUCGACGUCAUUGGAAACUACUUCAACGAAAGUGUGUCUGAAUGGGAACCUCUUAUUGAGCCGGUGGAGGAUGAAAACAGCACUUAUCGACAUUGGGAAGUUAAUUUUGACGUGAGUAAAUUCUCGUAGUGAAGGAAAGGCAAAUCCUUGUAAAAUCCUCACUUUUUCCAAAUUUUUCCCUUUUUUCACUGUAGCUAUCUUUAGCAAAUGGUGGAGAUGAAAGCAGCAGUUUGGAUGACAAUUCAGAGGCAGCCAUGACUAUGGCAAUUCGAUCAAAGGAUGAAUUACAGCUGACUGUAACAAAAACAUGUCUGGACAUCUUCACUAAACUCGGAGCGGUCAGUACAAAACUAGCAGGAUGAUGAUAGUGAUAAAAAUAACUUCCACAGAAAUGAUUAUGAUACUGAUAAUGACUAGAAAGAAAACUAUCAUGACUUUAAAAAUAACAAAAAUGACCUAAGUCUCCUUCGAAGCUGUCUCUGGGAUGUUAUGCAACCCCUCCCGAGAGACUGGCUUUUAGCUUGGGCGCCCCCUCCCGAGAGACUGGCUUUUAGUUUGGGGAAAUCGUUGCGUGACAUCCCAAUGUAUGGCAGAGUUGGAGACUACAACAACAUUUAUAACUGUAGUGAAAAGUGGUAAGAAUGAGGCCUGAAAGAAAAUCCACUAUUUUUUCUGUGACAAAUAUUGAAAUACCUGUUCAUGUCUGUAGGCUUUCAAAGAGGCUGUUACUCUGAAGGGUACAGGAGUGGUAGCCAUUGAAGAUGUUCCACCCUAUCAGAUAUGGAAUGAGGUUUGUUAUCAACAGCUUCUUUUUUAUGUAAUUUGCAGGUGAUUGUUAAGGUUUUUAUUGGCUAUAUCCUCCUAAAAUUAAAUUUACAAGAUUCCAAAGCCUUAGCUCGUCAAAGAAAACUAUCCGCACUCAUGGAUAACAACUUCUCUCGGAGGCCUAGACUCAAUUCUGGUAUUUAAAAGCAAUAGGUGUGUCAAUAAACACGUUCUUUUAUAAGAUAAACAGUAUUCGGUUUCAAGCAAGGCUCUAAUUUAAAAAUAACAUAAAUAUUCGCAGUGUUGACUUCUAAAGUUUUGCAAGGUUCAGUUCUAAAGGUUCGUGUUCCGUUUCUUCUCAGUGAUAUCAUUAACAGUCAUGUUUUGAUUCUUGUUAGCUUGGAAUGGAAGUGAAGCUUCGUCCGGGAAAACAGCUGGUACAGUAUAUGUUCAUCCUACUUUUCUUCGCUCCAAAAUUCCUGAAUAUUCUUUUUCCUCUUUCUUUGUGGCGGAAUUUGAUAGAUGCUGCAAGUCAGGUUGAAAAAUUGUGAAUGUUAAACAAGUUCAGUUUGAAAAAGAAACCUUGUCUUAGUGGAUACUAACGGGGUCCCGUUUGUGUUCGAUAGUUGUACUUGUACUUGUCUAUUAAGAGGAAAUCAAAGAAAUCCCGUCGUAGUUUUACUUAAAGUGUAAAAAAGUCAUAGCCAUUGAAACCAUGUAAUGUGAAAAGAGCCUUAUCGAGGUUUGCAUUAGAGCUAUUUUCAAUUCACUGUUUAAAGAAAUCCAAGAUUGCGUUACUUUGUUCUGUCCAGAAAACUGACGUCACUCUGUAAAAAUAUCAGAUGCAAAACUAAAACCAACCAUGAAUUAGUCGCCCGCGUUUUCCCGCGCUUUAGGCAGUUUGGUUGUUUUUACUUGGAGUUCUCAUUGGCUCUUGGAGAUAUUUUCCUUUCUUCUGAUUUGACGUUGUGAUAACUUUGGUUUCGCUUCAGCUGUACUCAGGAUACAUUGUAUUUGUGUUACGAUAGAUUGCAAGUGGAGCUGAUCAAGAUGGCAUGGUUACAGUGCUUCCAGGUCAAAGCCUUUCCCUACGCUUUGCCGAAGGAAUUCACAAGAGAACCAGCCGAUACGAAAGAGCAAAUAGUACUUCCGGAGGAGGGGGGCCUAGUAUUGGUGUUGAGGUGAGAACAGCCAUUAGGCUCAAAAUUCCAGAUGCAGUGAAUGUUUAAUGUCACUAAAAGGAACUGGUAUAGAGAAUGGUUUGAAACCAGAAGUAACAUUUAAUCGUGUAGUCUGAUUGUCCGGGUGUGAAUAGUCCAUAGAAAAACUGUUGUCACUAGCAGUGACUUAUGUUUCAAUAACCUCGGCGGAAGUCAUCAUUACAGUCAAGUGUCAUUUUUCGUGUGAACUGUUUUGCUCAAUUUUACCGUGAUGGUAUUUGGUGUAAGAAUCAGUCAGCAUUAGUCAUACGUGAUUUAGAUCCGUCGUUUAUUGUGUAAAUGUUGUGAUUAAAUCUUUUUUAUGGUACUGGUUGGUAUAGACAUCUUUUUGCGGGGAGACUCUUCCUAGUAAAGAACCAGCUUUUCAGCAGUAGUUACAAAGAUUGCCGUGGAUAAGAUUUAUUUCGUCUGUUUACAGUGCCAAAAAAAUCUCAAAACUUGAAAUCCUAAAAUACCCCAACUUGAAUCUUGUUUUGAAAUCAUUAGGUGCAAGGCUAUCACGUGAUGAAGCCUGUCUCAAUCAAACAAGCAAGAGUUAUCUUGCAAAAUGUCAUCCCAAAAAAGGUAAGAACAAAUAAACGAUGACAGGCAAAAAUAAAUCAUAAUUAAGUAUAAUAAGAAUAGGUAUAAACAAUAAAAUGUAAUUUUGUAUGCUGAUACCUUUUCUGUUGAUUAAACAAAGAACAAUUUCCGUUGUCUUACGUGCGGAGCAGGUAACUAAAAACAGUUUUGAAGCACAUUUGAUACAAAUGCACGUUUAAUUUAAAUGUUGGAUCAAGUAAGUUGACAUCCUGCUUCACCAAGCCACCCAAAUAUUGUUUUUCUCUAGCUUAACUGAAUUUAACUGAUCACCCGAUAUACCACCUAAAUUAAUUUAAAUUUUUGAAACAUAUCUCAUAUUUUUUUCCUUUUCAAAUCUUACUGUCCAUAAUUGUCAGUUAAAGUAGGCUAGAAACACCUCAGAGAUGUAUAUAAAAUAUUAAAAGUGAGGUAAAUACUUUUUUUUCCUUGUCAAGUAUGACUGAGGUAACUUUUCACCAGAUUUCUUCAGCCAACUUUACGGUGUUCAGUGUCUAGUUUUAACGUAGUUAAAUAAAUAAAAAAAAUUACUGGAUGUACAGAAAAUGUAUUCUUACGUCGUUGUUUAACAAAAAAAAUCCGUAUCAUGAUGCAGUAAUAUUAACCUCGUUUCUUGCUUUAAUUAUGUCUAGAGGUGAAGUUCUAAGCAAUGAAAUAAAAGAAAUUUAUGUUAAGAUUAAUGAAUAAUGUAAUAAUUGAGUUAAAUUUAAAUAGAUAAAUGUAGGGCACAUUUCAAUUGAUUGUCAUCAAAAACCAAUUACGAAGAACUCAAAGAAAAGGAAAAAAAAAUUUUUGAACCGUGGGAAAAUACAAAGUGACAAAGUUGCGGUUGAGUUUUAGUUUUGCGUCUCGUAAGUUGAAAAUGCAAGUUUUCGAAACCGACCAGAGACCAAAGUGAAACAAAACCAUAGCAAUUUCAGAUGCCUCUCGACACUCAGUUGAAAAUUUUUCUUAAAUUCUUUGCAUGCUUAGUUAGUAUUCUUACAUUUCAGUUUAUAGAAAGGAUCGUUUUAUUACCAGAAAUGAGCACCAUAAAUGAAAUGGUCCUGAUAACAGAUCUUGACCCAGAUCAGGUGAAGGGCAAGUACCCUAAAUUAACGGCUCUCUAAUGGGAAACGUGAUUUUAUAAACGACUUCAGCUUUCUCGACUCUUCUGUGGGCUCAAUUCUGGCUUUCAACGCUAACCACUCGUCUCUGUUUCAUAAAUACUGGUAAACCGAUAACCCUAUAAACCAUAUUUCUUAUUUUUUAUUGUCAGUAUCUGUGCAGCUGUGCAUAUACCCCUCCCCUGGCCCAACAUUAACCCUAACAGCCUUACCUGAUAUCUGUUGACUGUUGUUGGGUUAUUGGAGGGGUAGGUGGGCAGUUGCUCAAAUACUGAGCUAGAUCCUUUCCUAUUUGAGUAUAAGUUCAGUGUCUUUAUGCUGUCUAAGUUUUAGUCAACAUUUGCUAGUUUUCUAAUGGAGUCUUCCUGUUACUUGUACUUAACUGAGUACUUCUUUUUGCUUACAAACUUUUUUUUUUCUUUUUGGAGCUUUUAUUGCUCUCUAAACCGUUAAUCGCCAACUUCUGAAUGACUACUGAGUUGAAAUGAACGACAGAACAAUAAAAAUUUAAAGUAACAUGUGCUUUUCUUUACAGCUCCUCUCUGGAUUGAUUGUAUCAGUUGUGAUUCAAGUGGAAACUGGAGACGGCCAGAAGAUAGUUACUAUCAGAUCACCCUUACAGGUCAGUACACAU